UACUUCAUUUUUUAUUACAUUAGUGAAUGCAGUAAAAGGAACUGCUUAUUUCUCUCUGACAGGAAGAGAAAUGUUCAUUUCAGGUUCUGCCUUUUACUCACUCUGACGGUCACAUGGCUUGUUCUCCAUUUCUCUUUGGUGUUUUACUUUGCACCGCAGGAACUUUGAGCAUGAAGACAUUAGAUCAUGUAACUCUGAAAGAAAAUGGAAGCAUUACAAUCCCCUGUCUGUAUGAAAAUCAGUAUAAACCAAACUUAAAAUACUGGUGUAAAGGGUAUUUUUGGAGUUCUUGCCAAGUUAAAGCUCAUGCAAAUGCUACAGGGAAAUGGACAAUAACCGAUUAUCCAGCCUACAAUAUUUUUACUGUGAAACUCAACAAUCCAACGGCAUCAGACUCUGGAUCUUACUGGUGUGCUGUGGAGAUCGGCACUCGUGCAAACCCAGAUUACAGAAAAUAUUUGUAUGUAACCGUUAAAUCAGCUCCUGAUGUGUCUGUGGUGAGCAGCAGUGUAUGUGGACAUGAAGGUGGUAAUAUCAGUGUUCAGUGUCUCUACAGUUCUGGAUAUCAGAAUAAAGUCAAACAGUGGUGCAGAUAUAAAGAUCAGAGAUGUUAUACAGUGGGGAGGACUGACACAUCCCAGAAUUCAUCAGUGCAGAUCAGAGAUGAUGAUGGGAGAAGAUCUUUCACUGUGUUGAUGACUGGACUGAGACGGACUGAUUCUGGCUGGUACUUCUGCUCUGUAGGAAAACUGCAGGUUCCUGUUCAACUCCUUGUUCAGAGAGACAAUGAAAAUAAAACUGAAAGUGACGAUGCUGGUCUAUUUCCCUCCAUAUGCAGGAACCAAACAGCAGGCAAAAAUAUGGAGGACAGCAACUUCUCCCCUGACGGCUCAUCUGACCAGAUGCACUGGACUUUUCUCCUCCUCAUUACUGCUGUGCCUCUGCUUCUGUUACUCAUGCUGGUUUUAGUAAUCUGGAGGCUUGUACAAAAACACAAAGGGGCUUUGAUCCGAAAACGAGGACCAGACGUCUAUUCUGUGGCAAAAAGUCCAAUGACUGUCGCGUAUGACACUGUGGUCUUCAAGAAAGCAGAAGAUGGUGAACAAAACCAGGUCUCCAUUAGCCAUCCUCCUGAACGAUAUGAAGUGACCUACAGCACUCUGACUCUUCAAUAACAGAUGAUCUCUGGUCAUUCACAUUAUGAAUAUUACAAUGUUAAGUAAUGGCAUCUUCUGUUAGGAAAUUAAGUGUUGCAUGCAUGAAAGGUCAAGAUUAAAUCAGAUUAUUAUAGGCAAUCUGUAAAAGUUUCACUGUUGGUAGAGGUACAUUUACUUCUGCUAUUCUGCUUUUAUUCUUAGUUGAUGUAAGAAGCAAAACUGAAACAUCUUUAACACGUCAGAAACUGACACAAUGAGUUCUGGUCAGUUUAUGAUUAGUUACACAACUUCAGAGAACCCAGAAAACAAUAUGCUGAUUUACUGGAUUAGGCCUACUCAAUAUUUGUCUAAGCAUAAAAAGCAUUUUUUUUUUUAUUGAGCUGCUAUAUAUUUUAGCAUUUUUAUUGUUGUUUGUGUAAGGUUUAGUUGUAAAAAGUACUUCAAAUGAAUAUUUUUAAUGGAUAUACGAUUAAAAUGUAAUAAAUGUUAAUACAUAAAAUGUCUACAUGGAUCUCAUUCAAGGUGAUAUUACUGUGUGUGUGUGUGUGUGUGUGUUUCCAACUCAAAAUGUCUACACUAAAAUAACUAAAACAGAAAUAAAAA